GCGUGUGACGUCAUCAAUCUGCGACCGCGACAGUUAAAUCGGUUGAUAGUCGAAAAACUUUGCCUCGUUUUGUCUUCGUAUUUCUUAUCAAUUGAAAGGGUAUCACCACUCAAAACAAAUGCAAUGAAAUGGGAAGCUGAAGGUUUUUAGCUGAAUAUUUUUGAUUCUGUGUGUGAGCAUCUUUUAAGCAGUUAUUUUAUACAUGGCAAACUUUACUUAAGUUUGUUCAAAGCUAUCACAAUUCUUUGCCCCCCCACUUUGUUAGCAUGGCUAAGCUGUGGCGUGAGGGCCACUCCACGGCCAUUUUGUGUGUGUCUGCGUCCCCGGGCCCUGAGGGACUGAUCGCCUCAGGUUCAGAAAGAGGGGAGGUCGCCGUUUGGAGUCAAGAAGGAUGUGUCCUUGGUCGCUUAAACCUCCCAGGUGAGAUGGACUGCACCAGCGUGGCAUUUUCUCCCACGGCACCGGACCUCCUUUACGUUUCCUAUGGCGACACGGUGAGCUCGCUCGACCCAAGGAACCUCAAUGGCACAGUAGAGGAGUUUGUCGGAGCUGGGGAGGAGGAGAUCAAUGCAUUAGCGCUGAACGAGAGCGGUUCGACUCUGGCGCUGGCCGAUGACUCGGGGGUAGUGCGGAUACUGGAGCUUCCUGGGGGUAAGGUGUGCAGGACGCUUCGCAGACACACCAACAUCUGCUCCUCCGUGGCUUUUAGGCCGCACAGACCCAACAACGUGGUGUCUGCUGGACUGGACAUGCAGGUGAUGCUGUGGGGUCUGCAGAAGACACGGCCCAUUUGGACCCUCAACCUCCAGGACCUAGCGGAGGAGGAAGACAACAACCAGCAGCGUCCCGGUCAGCUUUUUAACCCUCCGCUGGCCCACUGCGUCUCCGUGGCCAGCUGCGGAAACAUCGUGGCUUGCGCCGCCGAGGACGGCCGAGUGCACCUGAUGCGUGUGGGUGGCGGCUCCAAACUGGAGCAGCAAGGGGCGCUCAAAGCGCACUGCCAAGGUGCCUCUCAAGCUCAUUUCAUCCCGUUCCUCUCUCACCCAUACUGGCUGGCCACAGGCGGCAAUGAUGGCCAUGUGGCUCUGUGGGACGUCAGUAAACACCCCGUGGUGACUCCUGAGGGCAAGGCCAAAGUCAAGGGUGCAACCGCGCCGCAAAGGAAGAGCAAAAGCAAGGCGAAGAGGAAAGGACAGGAGGUGCGAGAGAAAGACGAGGCUGAGGUGGAGGUGAUGGAUAAGCCUGGACCCAAAGUGAAUAUCGAUCACGGGGACAAAGUGAACUGGUUGUGUCCUGCUUUGCUCAAAGGAACAGCCAGUCUGCUUGUGGCUGAUCAGAGCUCGAGUUUGACUGUCUAUCCGCUGCCUGAAGCCUAGAUUAUGCCACUUUACUCACUCAUCCAUUUCAAUAGCAGCGUGUCACAAUCUUUAUUUACCCAAGACACCGAUUUUAUCGUCCAUUUGAAAAAUCUCAAAAGUACACCAAACUGAAAUGUCACAAAACACAUUGGACAACCCCCCACUUUUACAAAUAAUAAAACACUGCGAGUUAAGGCCUGCCCCACACUUA